CACAGCAUUUAAUUCAACAUGGUAUUACACUAUUUUGAAGGUGCUUGUUACUCCGAUACAAGAUAGGUUUUUGUGCUGUCCACCCUAAUGGCUGUGUGGAGAGUGAGGGCAGGUGGCAUUUUAUUGUGUAAUCCCGUCUUUCAGAUGAUGAUAAUUGGCGGCAACAAGCAGGAAGCAGUUGUGCAGGGGCCUAAUGGCAGGGAUGUGCUCUUUAGCUCUGACUCACAACUGAUUGAAUGUUGCUUUUUGUCUCUUCUGUGGUUGACCUGUGCUGGGUUGGACCUGAGCCAGAAGGAAGGCAGGAUGUUCCGGUCCGUGAUGUCUGUGAUGAGGUUCACAGUGUCUGACAACAUCACACAUUCCACUGGCCUGGUGACACCACUGGAUAACGUGACAGCUUUGUGGCCAACAGCAACACAGGCAAUCAAUGACACCAACAUCACUGUGCCGCACAAGUGCCUGUUGUUGCUCUAUGAGGACAUUGGGAAGUCCAGGGUCCGCUACUGGGAUCUUCUGCUCCUGGUUCCCAACGUACUUUUCUUUAUGUUUCUUCUCUGGAAACUGCCCUCUGCCAGGGCCAAAAUCAGGGUCACUUCCAGCCCAAUCUUCACUACAUUCUACAUACUAGUAUUUGUGGUGGCUUUAGUCGGCAUUGCUCGUGCUGUUGUCUCCAUGACUGUGAGUGCCUCUGAUGCUGCCACAGUUGCAGAUAAGAUCCUGUGGGAGAUCACAAGAUUCUUCCUUCUGGCGAUUGAACUGAGUGUGGUGAUUCUAGGCCUUGCCUUUGGUCACCUGGAGAGCAAGUCAAGUGUGAAACGUGUUCUGGCAAUCACUACAGUGCUGUCUCUGGCGUAUUCUGUCACCCAGGGCACCCUGGAAAUCCUGUACCCUGAUGCCCACCUCUCAGCAGAAGAUUUCAACAUCUAUGGCCAUGGAGGGAGACACUUUUGGCUUGCCAGCUCCUGUUUCUUCUUUCUGGUCUAUUCCUUGGUGGUGAUUCUUCCAAAAACUCCUCUGAAAGACCGGAUUUCUUUGCCCUCCAGGAAGAGUUUUUAUGUUUAUGCUGGAAUCCUGGCACUGCUGAACCUGGUGCAGGGCCUGGGCAGUGCUCUUCUCUGUGUGGAUAUCAUAGAAGGACUGUGCUGUGUUGAUGCAACCACGUUCCUUUACUUCAGCUUCUUUGCACCUCUCAUAUAUGUGGCAUUCCUGAAAGGCUUCUUUGGGUCUGAACCGAAGAUCCUUUUCUCCUACAAAUGUCAAGUGGAUGAGCCUGAGGAUGUGGAUGUGCACCUGCCCCACCCUUAUGCUGUUGCCAAGAAGGAAGGAAUGGAUUCUGGCUUCUACUCAAGCACUCAGAUAGACACCACAGCUUACCUGGAUGACGUGGCCUCCAUGCCAUAUCACGUGGGCAGCAUCAACAGCAUAGACAGUGACCGCUGGAAAGCCAUCAAUGCCUAAAGCAGGGCUACCUGCUUCACAUGAUGUCUUGUUCCUUUCCUUCCAAACUCCCUGAUACCACAGCUGUUAGGAUGUCCACUGGAAACCUGGCCUUGGCUAUCUGCCAUGGCUUUCUGCUCUUCCUUAGGAUUUCCAGAACCUAUUGUGGAACUGAGUUGGCAGCCCAAAUCCUGUUGAAAAGAACAUUUUUGUUUCACUAUCUGACAACAAUGUAAAACAGUCUUCAUAAAACCUAUAAACACCGAACCUUCCUGUUCUGCCAUGUUCCAGAUGUGAAUAUGACCCAGAAGACAGGCCUGCCUGGCACCUCUUCCUUUUCAGUGACUGAAAACACUUGUCUGCCAGUUUGGGGAAUGGUGUGUUUAGGGAUCAGGAUGUUGAUUUGACUGCUGUAUUGUACAUAUAUAGAAAGAGUUUGGUAGGUGAAACCAAAGAUGGUCUUUGUGGGCAUUUUCAAGCAGCAUGGCUGCCUGGGUCUUUGUCAUAGUGCAACAGCAUAAGUGGUGAUGGUGUCUGAAGAGGAAAGCUGUUGAAAAAGAGAAAGUUGGGCUUAUCUCUGGUUUCAGCUAAUAUUGAUGGAAAUAAUGAGUUGCAGUUGCUAGGGGUUAAAAGGAGUGUUCUGAGUGAGUGAGAACAGAGGUGUUAAAAGGAGUGAACUCUUCUUUGUGCCCUAGCAGCGUUUUGCUUGGGUGGUAGCUAGCAGCGUGGAUGUGAACUGGCUGAACAAUAGGGAGACAAGGACAGACAGUGCUGCUGUCUAGCUGACCUGAAAUAGUUGUGAAACAGUCAG